AUGCUGAAGGAGGGAACAAAGCCUGCGGAUUGUCCUCUCAUGGUGCUGACCAAGUACAUCGAUAACAGCAAUCACUGGAAGACAGUGAACGGGAAGAAAGUGGAGCGUUUCAUGGAAACCAACGAGUUCGUCGCGGGAGUUUCGUACACCUGUAUGAUUGUCAUUACGAAUGUGGCGCCCAUCCAGCAAGUCGUGGAGAUCAUGUAUCAGAUUCCGCGGGGAUCGUACCCUCUAUCCAAUUUCAAACAAUCGAUGCCUUCAGCACCUGCACUUAUUCGCUUCUUCUAUUUCCCGAAGGUGGGAGACUUUGAGCAUCUUCCAGCGCACAUCAUCGAUUCAACGAAGGCGACCAUCCUCGCUGUCGCUUCUCCUUCCUUCACGACGCUCCACUGCGUGAAGGAGGCGAAGACGCUUGAUGUCACUUCGUGGGAAGAUGUAGCGCUCAACGCUUCGGAGGACGUUCUGCUUGAUUCCAUUCGAUCACAUGAUGCUCAGGAGCUGGAAUGGAAGUAUGUGCUGGGCAGACUGUCCAAUGCUUCGUUCUUUACGAAGCUGGUUGCCGAGCUGAGUCGAAUUUGA